CUUAUCUCUCAAUCACAAAUAUUUUGCUUUUCAGAGAACGUAACUCGGUUAUGGCCGCAAACAUCUUCCAAUUUCUACAGCCCUUCCUGCAUGACAGGGACAGUUGCUAUCGAACACAAUGAGAUCUUACGACACCCAUCAUGGCCAAAACAAACAGGUGUCAACCAACAUGAGCCACUUACCACUGAAAAUCGAUACACAAUACCUGAUCGACCCUCGUCCAUUAUCAAUCAAGAGGUUCAGACUAGAGUUGAAAACAAUGGGAACCUAGAAAGAAAGAUUGAUAGGUUGACUGAGCUUGUUGGGAGGAUUCUCCUAGAAAUUGAGGAGAUAAAGUUACAGCGCGGAAAGAAUGAAGUGCUGAAUCACACCGGUUUGAGGAAUGAAUUUCCGUUUACGUCUUUGGAAAAACUGAAGGAAUUUGAGGCAAGGCUAGAAGAUGAGGAGGAGAAAAAAAAAGUGACCCAAUACUACAAAUCGAUAGGAGGCUUGACUUCCAAGGACUUCCAUUCGAGGGUGAUGGCAAGGGUCUUCACAAAUUCCCUUGCCAUGCAGUGUUCUUGGAAGAGAUUCAAGAACAAUUAUAAGGUGGAGAGUAUGUUACUCCUACAAUGUUUAUAUGAUGCAAUUUGUGGGGAAUACCCCACAACUCUGAAGGAAUUCGAGAUCCUGACUAGAGACUGGCUUCGCCAUGCGAAGCAAAGGAAGGAGCGGGAAGCACCGUUGGCCAGAUCCUUGGCCCCCUGAAUUUCUGAAUUCUUUAAUAAAAUAAAUGAUCAAAA